AUGGCGCCAAAUCGCCGAACUACCAUUUUUGAAAUGCCAUUGCCGUCCAUUCCGGUGGAAAAUACGAUUGCCCCUCGGGAAAUGGUCAAGUAUGGUUGUCCGUAUAACCAGCUGGAUCGCGUUUUCAUCGGCCUACAUCCUUCAUGGAAUGGAAUCGACGCGAUCGAAUUCAGGAAUGGGACGCCUGUGGGAUAUCUGAGUCAUUACAACCCUGAGGGAAAAGACAUCCCACUCCAGCGCCUGACACAAGUUUCGCACCCAAGCUUUCUAGCUUUCAAAGAAGUAUUCGUAUCAAGAGAAAAUGUAUAUUUUCUCUACGGUCAGUGGGGUGUCACGUUGCACCAAAUUCGAAGCUUAUCUCCCCUAUUUCAACUCGGAGAGGCAGAGGUCGCAAUCAUAUGCAAAAAGAUUUUAGAAGGGCUCGUGUAUAUCCACAAGGAUUUGAAUAUCUUUUAUGGCAACCUUAAAUGCUCCGACAUUAUCAUCACGGACGAAGGUCAUGUCAAGAUUGUUGGCCUCGGAAGAACAGUAUUUCAGAAACCUGGUCUCCUUGGUAAGAAUAGGGAUGUCCAGGACGUUUGUGAGAUCGCGCGAUUACUAUUAGAGCGAGAAGACGGUUCUUGUGGCCCACUCCGAUUACUCGCUCAGGACUUUAUGGGGGCUCCCCCAACUGCUACGGCCGAAACUCUUCUUAAGCACCCAUACCUGCAGGUGAACGCACCGUCAUGGUGCCUUAGGACUGUUCCGAUACUCUAUUCAAUUGCUCAGCAGAAAAAGGCUUCGUGA